CGUCGUCGUCGUCGUCGUCGCCGUCACCGUCGCCGCCGACGUCGUCGUCGUCGUCGUCGUCGUCGUCGUCGUUGUCAUUGCUAAUGUCAUUACCGUUGUAUCGAUAUUUUAUCCGAUAAUCUCGAUAUGAGGCCAUUUUUGGUAUUCGCAAUCGUCUACUUGCUGACCAAGAUCGUCGAUUGCCGAGCUGUUAAAGAUGAAACUGAUAAGAAUGAGCGCGGUAAACGACGACACAAGUUUUCCGUCGAGGAACUACUCAACGUCAAGUUUCCACACAUUAUUACUGGAGAUUUAGACAUUGAUAUUUGCAAGGCAGGCGGUUUUCUCGGUGACAUUGCACUGCCAAAUAUCAAAUAUGAUACGGAAUGGCGCGAGCAAAAAUUAAAUAAAAGCUAUUUGGAAGAGUUAAAAAGAUAUAGAGAUGAGAUAUUAAAAGAAGGCCUACAAGUGGAAGAGGAAGGCCUUACAGAGAUUCUUCAAUUUAAAGGCAAACAUGAUGCUAACAAAAAGAUGUUCCACAAGUAUGAUGAGAUAGUUGUUCAAGAGAAACCAGAAUAUAUCCUGCGAGACCGCAACCAGUAUAGCACGGGUGACGAAUCCGACAAUGGUUUUAACUUUAGUACUAGAAAUGACGAUACUAAUCUCGCAAUAAAAAACAAGAGUCUUGAAUUUAGAUUGGAAUCCUCGACCCAUGCUUCGAAGAAAAGGCACUCUGGACGACAAGCUCAUCGACAGCUUUCCAGGAGGACUUCAAUAUCGAAAUCAAUGAAAGCUAGACAAUCGAAUGACGACAUGCCUCUCGAAUUUUCAACCACUACAACUUUAAUUCUCGAGGAUAAUAAAUAUGUAGGUCGCAUACAUACAGACGGCGUCAAAGAAACAUUUACCACAAAACCUGAAACGAGUAUGCAAAAUAUAUCAAACCGACGACGUCGACGUCAUUAUCGUAAAAGAAUUUUGCGAAGAUGUCUUCACAGUCAUUGUAAUCGACGAACGCAUGGCCUUAUUACCGACACGUCAAAUGAAAUUGUUUCUGUACAUGAUCGACGUCUCCGUUCCAUCGAAUUCUAUGAUAUAGAACACAAGCCAAAAUACUUGAUGAAUAAGAGCGGAACGAGACACGCGUACUUAAGCAGAAUACGUCGGGCGGCUACUGCGAGAAAAGAACGAGUGUGGGAUCACGGUGUAAUUCCCUACGAGAUCGAUGGAAAUUUUUCAGGCGCGCACAAAGCCUUAUUCAAACAGGCAAUGAGACACUGGGAAAACUUUACUUGUGUCAAAUUUGUAGAGAGAGUGCCUAGAGAGCAUCCGAAUUACAUUUUGUUUACGGAAAGACCUUGCGGAUGUUGUUCUUUCGUUGGAAAGAGAGGUAACGGACCGCAAGCUAUUAGCAUCGGAAAAAACUGUGACAAGUUUGGUAUAGUUGUACACGAGUUAGGUCACGUCGUUGGAUUUUGGCAUGAACAUACCCGACCGGAUCGUGACCGUCACGUACAAAUUAUCCGUGAUAAUAUUAUGAGUGGUCAGGAAUAUAAUUUCAAUAAGUUGACAGAAGAAGAAGUAAAUUCGCUCGGAUUACCCUAUGAUUAUGACUCUAUUAUGCACUAUGCAAAGAAUACCUUUUCAAAAGGCACUUAUCUAGAUACAAUCUUACCUAUGGAAACUCAUGGAAAAAAAAGGCCUGAGAUUGGACAAAGAAUUAGACUGAGCGAGGGCGAUAUCGCACAAACAAAUCUUUUAUAUAAGUGUCACAAAUGUGGUAGAACUUUUCAGGAGAACAGUGGUAGCUUUGGAUCACCUAUUUAUUCAAAUAAUUCUCCAUCUGUUGAUGGGGAACGAUGCGAAUGGCGGAUUACUGCGACGCAUGGCGAACGUAUUGUACUAAAUAUCACGUCUCUCGACAUAUUUAAAAGCGAUUAUUGUCGUAGCGAUUAUCUCGAGAUUCGAGACGGAUACUGGUACAAGAGUCGAGUGUUAGGUCGAUAUUGCGGCAGCGGAAAGAUGCAUGAACCAAUAGUGUCGAGUGGAAGUCGUAUGCUGGUAACAUACGUGACGUCUAGCAGGCAAACUAGUCAUCGUGGUUUUACAGCGAGUUACGAAGCUGUUUGCGGUGGUGACGUCGAAUUAGAAGGCGUAGGACAUCUGGAGUCACCAAAUUAUCCAGAGGAAUAUCAAUCCAGCAAAGAAUGUGUGUGGAAGUUGUCUGUACCUCAAGAUUAUCAAGUGGCCUUGAAAUUCCAGUCUUUUGAGAUCGAGAACCAUGAUAAUUGCGUGUACGACUACCUUGAAGUGCGUGAUGGACAUAACAAUGAUUCCCCCUUAAUCGGCGUUUAUUGCGGGUACAAGAUACCACCAGAUAUUAAGUCGACGGGGAACAAAUUGCUUGUUAAAUUUGUCAGCGACGGUUCCGUUCAAAAGGCUGGUUUCUCAGCAACUUUUAUGAAAGAAUUCGACGAGUGCGUGUUAACGGAUCACGGUUGCGAACACGAUUGUAUCAAUAUGCUAGGUGGAUACGAAUGUUCUUGUAAAAUUGGCUACGAGUUACACUCUGACGGCAAACACUGCGAAGAUGCUUGCGGUGGAUUUUUCGACGAUAAUAAUGGCACAAUCACGAGUCCAUCGUUUCCCGAAACUUAUCCAGGAAAUAAAAAUUGCGUUUGGGAAAUUAUCGCUCCGCCUCAAUAUCGCAUCACUUUAAAUUUCACGCAUUUUGAUCUCGAAGGCAACAACGUAUAUCAGGAAGAAUGCGAAUACGAUUCUGUGGAAGUGGCUAGCAAGCUUGGCGAUGACGUUCUCAGAAAGCAUGGGAUAUUUUGUGGCGCACGAUUACCAUCACUUAUUACAUCCGAAGGCAACUUUAUGAGGAUUACCUUCACAUCUGACAACAGCGUCCAAAAAUCAGGCUUUGCUGCCGUAUUUUUCACGGAUAUGGAUGAGUGUGCCAAUAACAACGGUGGAUGUCAGCACGAGUGUAAAAAUACGAUAGGUUCUUAUCAGUGCUCUUGCCACAAUGGAUUCACACUUCACGAAAAUGGUCACGAUUGCAAAGAGGGUGGCUGCAAAUACGAGAUUACUGCGCCCGUGGGAACAAUCACCUCACCAAACUAUCCAGAUUAUUAUCCUGGUCGUAAGGAUUGCGUUUGGCAUUUUAUUACAAAGCCAGGUCAUCGGAUAAAAUUGGUAUUUAAAGUUUUUGAGAUGGAACCGCAUCAAGAAUGCGCCUAUGAUCACAUUAUUAUUUAUGACGGAGAUUCACCGGACAGCAUUAUCUUGGGUAGAUUUUGCGGUAGCAAAGAACCUCAUCCGAUUCUCGCUACGGGCAAUCAAAUGUUUAUGGUUUUCAAGAGCGACGCUUCCGUGCAGAGAAAAGGUUUCCUGGCCCAACAUAGCACAGCCUGCGGUGGUCAUCUCAUGGCAACCGAUAGAGUGAAACAUUUAUAUUCUCAUGCCAAAUACGGUUAUAAUAAUUACGAUCACAGAACUGAUUGCGACUGGGUGAUAGAAGCCCCACUUGGCAAGAACGUUCACUUAUCAUUCCUUUCAUUUCAAUUGGAAUACGAAACUGAAUGUGGGUAUGAUUUCGUCGAAGUUUUCUCCGGUUUAGACGCGUCAAGUCCGCCGUACGGUCGAUUUUGUGGUAAUUCCGUAAGUAACACCACUGGUUUUAUUUCUAUGAACGAGGCGCUGCUAGUAAGAUUCAAAACGGACGACACAAUUUCAUUCAAAGGCUUUGUAGCCAUUUUUGUGGCGAUCGAUCGACAGGAUAGCGAGGAAAAUUUCGGUGGUGAAGACAACGAAGAUCAAGAAAACAUUUGAUCUCUGGCUCGGCUAUACUCCAAUCGAUUGGAGUGAUUAAAUUCCGAGUGGACUUCUUCUAUGAGAAGUAUUAAUUAGAAGUACUAGCUUGACAAUACAUUUUACAUUAGUAUAUUCUCUUCUAUAUAUAUAUAUAUAUAUAUAUAUAUAUAUAUAUAUAUAUAUAUAUAUAUAUAUAGAUAAAAUUUUGAAAUUGGUAGAAAAUAUCUGAAACUGAUUCCUUCAAAAAAGUAGAGACACACACACACACACACAUUACAUAGAGGAUAGAGAAUAUUUGCCCAAGCAAAGCUUAAAAUAAAUUUGUCUCGUAAUAAUCUGAUUGCGGCAAUCACCGAACAUAAAGCAAUAUUUCUAUCAUGUUAGAUGCAAUUAACAACUAGCAACAAUUUAAUCUAGCUGAUGUAAUAUUAUAUGUACAAGAUUUUUACGAGUCUUAGAUAAAAUAUGUCGAGUAGCGAGUGUAGUGUUAUAUAUAUUCUUUCAAGCCAUAAAACGAUGUACUGAGAUAUAUAGAGCAGUCGAAAAGUUUAGAGAUUAUCUCGACAAAUUGUGAUACAUAUAGUUUUUUGGUUGUCUCAGAGCAUAACAAAAUUGUAAACUUAAAACGUUAAUGUCUCAUAAUAAUAAUUAUUAGAUUUUCUAAAUCUAUUAUUAGAUUUUUAAAAAAACAUAGAAUAUGUUAGUAGCAAAUCAAUAAUUGUGUUAUUAUUUAAUUUCAAUUAUUCAGAUAAUAAAUUUUUUACAUGCAAUAAUAGAUAUGAAGUGGUGCGAUAUUAAAUACUUGAAAUUAAUUUUCGUUUAUAUUAAGCAAUUGCGUUUAUUCGCCUUUUCAAUCGACUAAACUAUACAACAAUUAAUAAUACUUGUAACGUUUCCGUCGAUAGACAUAUGGCAACAAAAUAUUAAACGUGGCCUAUAAACGCGGAUCAUUUACAUGCCAUAAUAUUGUUACGCGCGUCGCCCGGUACACUCCUCGACCGCGAGUCAACUGUCGCAUCGCCCAUAUCGAUCGGCCGGAAGACUUCCGUAGCAACGAAUAUUUGUUAAUAAAUAAAAAGUGACAAUUCUGUGCCGGACUCCUGCCGUGGAGGACUCUUUAUAAAUCUGUUUCCGUUCUUUAAAAUAAAGUUGAUGUUCACACGGAGUCUUGCUUAGUUUUCUUUCCGCGAGUGAGUGUGUGAAAGUGACAGAGAGCGUCUCAACGUAACAAUAUAAUUAGGAUAUAUUUUAUUUAAAUAAGAGUAAAUUUUAAAUCGAUAAGUGUUUGAAAAAAGAACUAAAAUAACAAUGCAAACAUUUGAGAAUUUCACAUCAUACUUAUUAUAUAUAACACAUAUACAUACAAAUUAGACAUAAGGGCUGCGUUCCGAAAUUUACUGUCGGUACUGAAAAUCUAUAGUACACGUUACAUAAACUAUAGAUUUUCAGUACUGACAGUGAAUUUCGGAACAUAGCCAGAAUAUCCGAUAUCAGAAUAUAGAAGUUAUAAGUUAUAAUACGUAUAAUCGAUAUAUCAACAUAACAAAGAAAAUCUUGUCUCAUCGAUAUCGUUUUCAUAACAAACACUGCCCAAGUGACAGUAAUAUCAAUAUUUUAUACGUCUCGUAUACAUUGCGAUAUAGCAUGACUACAUCGUAAGAGAGAAAAUUAGAUUCACGUGUGAUAAGAAGCGUCAUGCAUCAAACAUAUAUUUACAAUAUUAGUGCGACAUUGGUCUACGAUCUCGCUAAAUAUUUCUUUCUCAAUGCACGUAAUUAGAAAGGGGGAACAGAGGAUAUGUGCGAUAAAUUUUAUAGAAAAUUGAUAAAAAUAUCUCCAAGGCAACAAAAGAACGUUUCAUGAAUAUUUCGUUACGUUUUCCAAUUAGAAGUUAUCAAAAAAGUGAUACAAUAUAAGGUGUUUUUUUUUAAUACAUAGAAUUAAUAUAAAAUAUAUGUGAUACUUAAACAAAUUUAUGAAUUUUUGCGUGUGUCUAUGCGUAUGUACACACGUAUGCGCCGUUUACGAGGGAGUAACCGGUAUUUUAUCGUUUAUUGUAAAUAAAUAAAUGAUAAAUGUAUGUAUCAACAUACACACCAUUUUAAACACACACACACACACACACACACACACACACACACACACACACACACACACACACACAUACAAAUAAACAUGCAUGCACAUGUAACAAUUUACUAUUAAACAACAUGUAUUGAAUUAUGAUAUACAUAUUACAACGUUUAUAACACAUUUUCUUAUAUACAACUGAAAAUUAGAAAUUCUCAUUACUUCUCAUCUAAAGAAAAUUACAAUUUUUCAUUUUAUUUCUUAUUGUUUUUACACACAUACACACGCACACACACACGCGCGUGACGUGCUUGUAUGAAAUCUAUUUAUAUGUGUAUAAACCUAUAUCAUAUAUACAAAACUGAUGUAAGAAUUAUAUGUGUAUUUAUGUGUGUAUAAAUCUAUACCAUAUAUACAAAACUGAUGUAAGAAAAUUGGGAUAAAACAUUACAUACGCUACAUUACAGAAGCUACACAGUAGCUGUGACAAGUAAAAAAAUUAUAGAACUUGUUAAGAGAACAAUGGAUUACAGAAAUUGUAUUCCAACAAAGUUUUUAUAAAUAUAGUGCAGUAAAAAUAGGAAAAUUGAGAAGUAACAAAUAUUAUCCAUCUCACACUGUAUGCGUACAUUAAUAUCAAACAGUUGAACAUUGAACGUUCUUAAUUUAUUUAUGAAAAGUAAACAAAAUUCUCGUUGCAAACCUAUUUCAAGUUUCCGCACUUAUUUUGAAGACAUGCAAAUAGUAAAAUCAUCGUUUCCGUCUUGCGUUUAAUUUUCAUUCCGCUAUGUAUGUCGAAUAACAAUGUACAAAAUGGUAUUGGUGAGAUAACAAUACAGAAAGAAACGUUCAAUUUUUUUCAAGAAUGGAUUCGAUUAGAAGAUUAAGAACAAAAAUGUUCAUAAUACGAAUCAUAAUUUUUCAACCACACAUACUUUUCAUAAACUGUAACAUAUAAAUAAUACACUCUUUUCUGUUGUUUUUCGCAUGAAACAAAUACGUUGUAUACAAUCUGUUGUACCCAUAAAAAAUAGUAGUAAUAAAUCAAUUUUAAACAGAA